AUGGCCUCCAACAAGCCUGGUGCGGUCAGUUCCUCCGGGAUCACAACAAAUGAAUCCACAGGAGAACGCUACAUUCCUUCGUCUGUCCGUGCCGACGGUUCCAAGCGACGAGAGAUCCGUGUCCGACCGGGAUACCGCCCUCCUGAGGAUGUGGAACUAUACAAAACCCGUGCGGCAGAGGCCUGGAAGAAUCGCGGAAAAGGCGGGGUUCCCGGUGCCGAUGGAUUGAAGGACGACGAGGAUACAUCGGCCAGCAAGGCAGGUGGUGCAACCAACAACAAGAAUGCGAAGCGUCGCGAAGCUAGAAAGAAGGCCAAGGCGACACAGGAUGGUGCUACCAACGGCAAGGAUGUGACUCGCAUCGAGAACUGGCGUGCCGGUGCGCCCGAAGAGGCUAAGAAGCAAUCGAACGGAGCCGAAAAGGACGCAGCGCAGACCGAGGAGGCAGUCGACCCUGAAGCAGAGAAGGAAAAGAAGGCCCGCAAUUUGAAGAAGAAGCUGAGGCAGGCUCGCGACCUGCGCGACAAGAAAGCCCAAGGAGAGGCCCUUCUUCCCGAGCAGUUGGAGAAGGUGAUCAAGAUUCAGGAGCUAAUUCGCCAACUGGACUCCCUCGGGUUCGAUUCGAACGGAGACAAGAAGGAGGCUACCGAAGUGAAGGAGUAG